AUGCCUUCUGAAGGAAGGGAGUGCAUUUCCAUUCAUAUAGGCCAGGCGGGUGCUCAGAUAGGGAACGCCUGCUGGGAGCUGUAUUGCUUGGAGCAUGGGAUCGACAAGACUGGGUUUUUGGAAGACGAUGUUGACCAAAAGAAGAUGCGCUCUCAGUCUCUGCAAGCCUUCUAUUCGGAAUCCAGUAAUGGGAAAUACGUUCCCCGUGCCAUUUACAUUGAUCUGGAGCCAACAGUACUCGAUGAAAUUCGCACUGGCGCAUUUUCGGGCCUCUUUCAUCCCGAUCAGGUUAUUAGCGGAAAAGAAGACGCGGCGAACAACUACGCUCGAGGGCAUUACACGAUUGGAAAGGAGUUGAUUGACGUGGUUCUUGAGAGAAUUAGGAAGCAGACCGAAAAUUGUAUGGGCCUUCAAGGCUUUCUCGUGUUCCACUCUUUUGGCGGGGGAACUGGAAGCGGUUUUAGUUCACUCCUCAUGGAGAGAUUGAGCGUCGAGUAUGGAAAGAAAAGCAAACUCGAAUUUAGCAUCUACCCUGCACCUCAGGUUUCCACAGCAGUUGUUGAACCGUACAACUCCAUCCUCACAACACAUUGUACGUUGGAGCAUUCGGACUGCUCGUUUAUGGUGGACAAUGAGGCGAUCUAUGACAUCUGUCGGAGGAACCUCAACGUAGAACGUCCAUCCUACCUUAACUUAAACCGCCUUAUUGCUCAAAUCGUUUCCUCUAUAACAGCAUCUCUACGUUUCGAUGGCGCACUGAAUGUGGACCUGACCGAGUUCCAGACCAAUCUUGUUCCUUAUCCACGGAUUCACUUUCCUCUCGCUACUUACGCACCUGUAAUAUCAGCGGAAAAGGCUUACCAUGAGCCGUUAUCCGUGCAGGACAUCACGCACAUGUGUUUCGAACCGUGCAACCAAAUGGUGAAAUGCGAUCCACGCCGUGGAAAGUACAUGGCCGUCUGCUUACUGUAUCGAGGCGAUGUGGUGCCAAAAGACGUUAACGCAGCAAUUGCUUCAGUGAAAACAAGGAGAGGCAUUCAGUUUGUGGAUUGGUGCCCUACUGGAUUCAAAGUCGGCAUAAACUACCAGGCGCCAACCGCAGUGGAAGGAGGAGACCUCGCAAAAGUGCACCGUGCUGUGUGUAUGCUCUCGAACACCACUUCCAUAGCCGAGGCUUGGGCGAGGCUCGACCACAAAUUCGAUCUGAUGUACGCUAAACGAGCAUUUGUGCAUUGGUAUGUUGGCGAAGGAAUGGAAGAAGGUGAAUUCACUGAAGCCAGAGAGGAUUUGGCUGCUUUAGAAAGGGACUAUGAAGAGGUGAGCCGUGACUCAACAACAAUUGAAGAUGACGAGUACUGA